AAUAAGCAUUUGUUUUGGGUGCACGUAUGGGACUGUCGGCUGUGCAACGAAGCUUCAUGUAGAAUGCUACUGGGGUCUUUUCACAGUAUGACAAUGAAACAGUAGGCCUAUAGGUGGAUCGAGCCCUAUAGUCAAGAUGAAACACUGAUCGCACUUUUGCCUAACUAUAAAUAAUUUAUGCUAACUUGCUAUUAUUUCACAUAAUGUAUAAGUGAACCUAUUUACAUUUUAUCAAUAUCGUAAUCUGGUGUCUUACUAUAAUAUAACGAUGAUUACAUUUCUGAAUAGUUGAUAUAAAUUAUCUUGUAAUUUUCUUCCAUAAUCCGCCCUUUACGUUCCCAGUGUGUAAGGAGCAAGAAUGGAAAUUGUCCAGUCCAGUAUUAGUGGUGGCGCCAGCUGGAGGGGAAGGGACUCGUCGGACGGGCCUCAAAAAUAAAAAUAAAAAAAUAAUUUGCCUAUAUAUCCAAAUAACGUUAUUUUGACUGCCAAUAUAAAAUAAAAGCACAUUUUGGACCACACUAAGCCAGAAAAAAAAAAAACAAACAAAAAAAAAACUCUUCUCAUGAACCCCACAAGGGAGUUUUAUUCCGGGCCGUUGACCGAGGUUUCAGUGGCCCACUUGGCUCGGACCUCUCCGUCCGACAUUUCGAACCCAUUGUCGGCAAAUUUCUGGCGCCACUGUACAGUUGUCCAGGAUUCCAUUGGACUAUGAGAAGCACGUUUUGGUUGGAGGCCCGGAUUUUUCCCCAAGAGCUCUAGGGACUUAAUUAUACCAUCAUCAUCAUCAUGUUUGAAUCAUCAUUGAAGCGUGAACAGCCAACGGUACCCUCCUCCUCCGCCCCCUCGUAUAAGUAUGAACCGCCCGACGAGAUCGUAGACACCAGAGAUCUUGAAUCUUUUACUCUGUACAUGUUUGACGGACGUGAGUUUUUAAACUGCCUAUUAUUUCUUACAGGAAGUUAUACAAAAUAUUCGGUCACGGUUGCGGCUUUUGUAUUGUAUGUAAGCUACGUUGUAUUUCCGCGUUUGUAACCCCAUUGAUUGAGAUUGUAACGUAAAGGUAAUUUAUUUUAGAAGGAAGAAUGUUGGAGCGCUGGAGUCGUAGGUCUAAUGUGAUAAUCAUCGUUCUUUUUUUACAUAAAUUUUAUAAACCAGCAACGUCCCAGUGCCCUAGUAGAUUGUCAUGUAAGUCAAACACGGAUUGUUAUCUGAUAUUUUCAAAAGAUGGCAAGUAUCAUAAUGCGAAAAAUACCGAUAAUUCAGCGAAAAGGGCCCGGUCGUCGGACGAAUGUUACACAUUCACUAUGAAAGAUGAGGCGCCCGAACCAUGCUCUGAUACUCGAAUAGAGUGCAUUGAUCAAGGGGGAAAGAUUGUGAAUAUCACCAACAUUAAACAAUAUGAAGGUUUAAUGAAUGAAGUGCUUCAUAUAUUAAAAGUACGAUCCAAGGCGACGUUCAAUGUCCAGAAUAUUAAACAAGGAGAGCAAUGUGCAUACGUUAAUAUACAGGAUGGUUUUUGGUCGAAUUCGGGUGAAAUAAUCCAAAAACACACCGAUACUAACACCACUGUGAAUGCAGUACUGUGCGAGCAAACAGAUGCAUUAAUAUUUUCAUCGACCAUCUCAACCUUAACAUCAUCGACCAUCUCAACCUUAACAUCAACGUUUGGUUCUCAUACCACCGACCACCUAACUAAUCAGAUUUCCGAUAUCACAUCUAUAAAACCAGAACAAAACCAACAAACAGGAAAAACAGAUAGGAUGCGAACACCCAUCGUCAUCGUGGUAGUCUGCGGCAUUAUAAUCCUUUUACUGGUAUUCGUCGGAUUCGCAUAUUCUAAAGUAAAAACAAGGAAGAUAAAUAACGAAAGGGCUCAGAAUACGUUGGAGAUGACUACAAAUGCAUGCAGAUAUUCCAAUACCAAUGUUUACAAUGAUGUUUCUCAGACCAACAUUCACAAUGAUAACAGUACAACGCGUAAUGUGGCGCCUGGUGAUACCUACACGUAUGUUGCAACUGAAAUUCAAUCUGUGACGCCACAGCCUGAAUUACAGGAUACGAUUGGCAGAAACUACGAGCAACCACCUUCGGAGGAUGACAUGUACACUAACGUUCAAGCUGAUGCAGUUGUAGAGACAGACGACUGUGAAUACGAUAAAUUAAACCGGUCACGCGCAGUAACCUGUGCAGGAGAUCAUGACAAUACGUAUAACAGCCUCAAUGAAGAUGCUGGUGACACGGGACAUUAUGAUUGUCUCCAACGAUCCAACAUUCACAAUGAUAACAGUACAACGCGUAAUGUGGCGCCUGGUGAUACCUACACGUAUGUUGCAACUGAAAUUCAAUCUGUGACGCCACAGCCUGAAUUACAGGAUACGAUUGGCAGAAACUACGAGCAACCACUUUCGGAGGAUGACAUGUACACUAACGUUCAAGCUGAUGCAGUUGUAGAGACAGACGACUGUGAAUACGAUAAAUUAAACCGCUCACGCGCAGUAACCUGUGCAGGAGAUCAUGACGAUACGUAUAACAGCCUCAAUGAAGAUGCUGGUGACACGAGACAAUAUGAUUGUCUCCAACGAUCCAACAUUCACAAUGAUAACAGUACAACGCGUAAUGUGGCGCCUGGUGAUACCUACACGUAUGUUGCAACUGAAAUUCAAUCUGUGACGCCACAGACUGAAUUACAGGAUACGAUUGGCAGAAACUACGAGCAACCACUUUUGGAGGAUGACAUGUACGCUAACGUUCAAGCUGAUGCAGUUGUAGAGACAGACGACUGUGAAUACGAUAAAUUCAACCGGUCACGCGCAGUAACCUGUGCGGGAGAUCAUGACGAUACGUAUAACAGCCUCAAUGAAGAUGCUGGUGACACGAGACAAUAUGAUUGUCUCCAACGAUCCAACAUUCACAAUGAUAACAGUACAACGCGUAAUGUGGCACCUGGUGAUACCUACACGUAUGUUGCAACUGAAAUUCAAUCUGUGACGCCACAGCCUGAAUUACAGGAUACGAUUGGCAGAAACUACGAGCAACCACUUUUGGAGGAUGACAUGUACGCUAACGUUCAAGCUGAUGCAGUUGUAGAGACAGACGACUGUGAAUACGAUAAAUUAAACCGGUCACGCGCAGUAACCUGUGCAGGAGAUCAUGACGAUACGUAUAACAGCCUCAAUGAAGAUGCUGGUGACACGGGACAUUAUGAUUGUCUCCAACGAUCCUACAGAAAAUAGGCUGUCACCUAACCAAUAAAACUAUCGACCACAGUAUUUAACUGGUGUAAUAAUUACUUACUAUUAAUACGUUAAAAUUCAAUCAAGCCUAAUUUUUUUCUGUUUUACAAGCCAAAAAAAUUAGUGAAACUCAAAUUUUCCAUCAGUAACAUACACAGCGCCUUUGAUAUACCAUGGUCGUUUAAUUGGCGCUUAAUGUUGUAAUAUUAUUAUUUAGAACACCCUAAUAUCCUACAGAAGUCAACACAUUUGUACAUGAUAAGCCUAUUGAGUAUGUAUACCCCGUGUAUGUGCCUGCCUGCAAUAGCAAAUAUAAGACUGGCUAUCCGGUUUCCAUAAACAUUGCUACACGCUAUCGUCGACUUAUUUGGGAUGCUGAUUGGUCAAUUGAAUCAGGGAGCGUAAUCCCAAUUUCUUUUCCCGUAGGCUACGCAGUGCAAGGUUUGCAGUGAAAGCAUCUGUGUAGCGAUUCUAUGGAAACAAGGCUUAACGAAACAAUUAAAAGAAUUGCGUUACGUAUGAAAUAUCGGCAACGUUUUACCUUUCAUUUCAUUUUAUUUCACACAUUGUCCAUAUAAAAUACAAAAAUAAAUACCAGUACAAGUACAUGACGUACAGAGUACACAAAACUUUGUCAUAGUUUACUUUAUGUUUACUUUAAGAAUAAUAUAAAAUUGAUUUUUUGAAAAAUUAGUUAAAUGUUCCAUCUGAGUCGUAGUGGUUAACUAUUAAUAAUUAUGAAAAUGGACGUUUUUACUGUUGUUAUAUAUAGAAAGUAUUUCGAAUAGGCCUAAUUGCUUUAAUCUGAUUGUUAGUAAUUUUAAAAUUUUAACUUGAAACUUUAUUUUUAGCAAUUUAAUAGUUUUUUUUUUGUCUUUUUGGGGUAUCCCACUUCUAGUUUUUUUCAUAGUUAUCAUUACAUAAUUUGCAAUUUUAUUAGUUUUAUGCAGUAUUAUAAAAUAUUAGAGAGAGCAUCUUAGCUCAGUCGGCUAAACAGGUGGUAGACACUGGGUACGAGCUGAUUUUUUUUUAUUACUGUUUUCCUUUUUUCUUUUCUUUUUUGUGUGAAAAUGAGACAAGCUUUGCUUCUGUGUUUGAUCCCGAUCAAUCAAAUAAUGAAUUAAUAGAUUGUGUUUUUGUUCCUUUCAUGUUUGUUUGUGAUUAAUUUGUGAUUGACUUUGUGAUUAACUGAAUUAACUGUGAUAUGAAUGAAGCUUCAGAGUAUGUCAUUUUAAUCUCUAAAUCAUUUCAAACUUGGUUAAUAGACUGCUGCUGGGGGUUGGGGAUACAAGCGUCCCUUACCACCACUAGAUCCGCCACUUCUCUUCAUUUCAGCCCGGAUAGACAGACGGAAAAUAUUAAGAGUCAUGUAAAAGCAGGAGGCUACUGGCACUAGUCCAAGUAGCCUGGAUUCCAGAUCCUAAUUUUUGGUUACUCAAUUUUUAUUGCACUUAAUGCGCGCCAUACCAAAUUUAAUUUGCGUCCGAUACUCGAUUAAAGACUCAACCGAAAAUAAAAUUGUAAUAACUUAACUUUAUUCGCUCGUUGGCGG